AUGGGAAAGUUAUUAAGACAUCGAGUAACCCUGUUAACCGUGGUUGUAUUCAGUACAACAGGUUUUUUAAGGUGUGUGACAGGCCAAGAGAUUUGCAGUGAUGGGGAGCGAUAUUCGCCACAUCCGGAAUGCAAAUUUUACUGGGAUUGCAACUCUGGUGGCGAACCGAUUUUACGGGAAUGCCCGGCCGAUUUAUUUUGGGAUGUUGCAAUCACGGCGUGCAAUCUGCCAGAAAAUGUGCCAGAGUGCACCACCCGUCACUACCACAACAAUUCCAACAACUACCACUCCAACUACGACGACACGACCGACAACCACGCGUCUAACGACCACUACUCGACCAACUACGACGAUAACUACUACGACGACGCGACGACCCACAGAAGCCCCAUGCACAGAGUUGUGUUGUUAGGCGUCAAUGAUGUCUAUGACGUUCUUUCCGGCCCUUUGAACGUCACCUUCCACCCAAUCGUAAAUGUGAAUGGGGGGAGUGCAUACAGCAACCUUUACAUGCAUGGCGUCUCAAUGUUAGAGUUUCUCUGCCGCUUUACCUUCUCCCCAAACACGGUCCAGGUAACUCGACAAGCUGGAAACCUUUAUCUCGAGUCGAACUACGAUGCUGGAGGUUAUCUAGAUUUUCACCCAUUUUCAAAUUCAUGUCUGCCAUCCGGAAACUUUACCGGGGCGGGAUUGGCUUCCCUUUCGGUGAGAAAUCUGUCCUGGAACAUUAUCAUGACGUUCGACUUUGAUCUAAACGCGGAUGAAGUGACGAUUCGGAAUUUUACAAUUUUUGAGAUAUCAUUCGACCGGAUUUUCCUCGAUUUGGGGCAAAAUUUUCGCAUUAAUGGAAGUCCCGUGGAUUGGGAGGCGUUCAAUGUUAAUUUUCAUUCAUGUUUUCACACCCAGGUAGAUUUGUACAGGAGGGAAAUUGAGACAAAAUUAAUGACAGCGUUGAACCAAGGGUACGCACGGUUCAGUUUGGUAGACAUUUAUUUAUUCCUUUUUAGCGGGGAUUGUCCCCAUUGUUGGAUUGGUUGAGGGUUGUUUGAAGUGUAUUAUUCAAAUAAGGAAAAUACCAAUAUGCAUAUUAUGUAAAUUGAAUUAUAAAUGACAAUUGCGUAGAGCCGAAUAAAAUGAUUAAAAUGC